UUUAAGCUGGGUAUUUUCAUGCAUUAAAUCAUUCUGCUCUGACUUUUCAAGUGACAACAAGUAUCUGCAAUUUGCUAGAAGAGAAAUAAAAAAGAUGCCUCCCAGGAAGAAGCUCGCCGUCAAAGUGGUUGCCAAGAAGCCCACAAAAAAGAAGCCAGAGCCAGAACCAAUCGAGUCUGACGUGGAAGAUGACGUCGAAUCUACGAGGUCUGGGUCUCCUACGAGGUCUCCCCAGAGGUCUCAGGCUGAUGCACCUAAAAAACGCAUGAAGAAGAAGCCACUAGUCCUCAGUGAGGAAAAAGAGUUGGAGAUGGCCGAGUGGAUGCGUCGCCAUGCCUUCCUCUACAGCAAGGGGAUGAAGGAGUACAAGGACAGCGGGAAAAAGAAUCGUUUGUGGCAGGAGAAGGCGGAGGAUCUGGGUGUGGAGUCGGGGGCUUUACUGAAGGUCUGGUACGAGAGCGUACGUACCAAGGUUGGGAAGAUAUCCGACAAGAAGAGCGGCUCGGCCCACAAAGAUUUGACAGAGAGGGACACCUUCUUGAUGUCGAACUUCGGCUUCCUGGCGACUCACAUUUCGCGCAUGAAGGGAACCACGGCAUUCAGUUUGAAGAGUCAGCUCGCCUCCGCUUCCUCGGUGUCUGGCAGACGAUCCAGCUCCUCCGAGUCUGAGAUGGACGUCGAGCUGGAUGACCUCGAACCCGCUGAGCCGAUUCAGACGCCUCCCAUCGACUCUUCGCAGCCUUCUUCGCAGCAUUCCCAGACCAAGGGGAAGACGAACGUCCUUGGGGGCAGGAAACUCUCUGCCAAGUCCUCAGCCAAGUCCUCCACCCGCAUCCAGCGUCCAGUGGAACCCGACGCAGAGGCCAUCGAACUUGUCAGCACCAUGCAGAGCCAACAUGAGCGAGCCAACGCGAUUCAGAGCCAGAUCUCAGGUCUUCUGGAGCGCGAACAGACGUCUGCCACAGCUGCCUGGGGUUCGUGGAUCGGUGCCAUGGCAGCUGAUAUUGACCCACGCCUACUCCCGAGAUUCUACCGCCAUAGUCUGGACCUGGUCCUGGGGUUCGUCGAUGAGUCCAAGCAGCUUCCACCCCUUUCGGUUCCUAUCGCGCAGCAGGAGCAGCAGCGGCCUCUUCCGUUCGUGGUGCCGAUGCCUAUCCCGCCGCCGCCCUUAAGCAUGCAGCAGGACCAGCAGGGGACGUACAGCGCCACGAUACCUCCCUUGUCGUACCAUGGGGGACAUCAGGGACAUCAGGGACAGCAGAACCAGCAGCAGAACCAGGGUCAACAGACGUGGUUCCACCCCAUAACAGAGAGACCAAGCGCGAGCAGCUCCUGGGACACCAUGGGACCUACAGCUGGGCAGAACAUAUCACAUGCAACUCAACCCCAACGACCAGCGAGCACGCCAAUGAACAUCAGUAGCAGAUUGCUGCCAAAUGUAAGUGACAUAACAUUUGGUUCACCUUUUCCUGCUACAACUCCUGUUCCUGUUGUUCGUCAACAUAAUGAAUCCGACCUGCAGAGCACGGAACUGUCAACACUGUGAACAGUGAUGAACACUAUUGAACUCUGAUCCUUAUUAUAUUUUUUCAUCUUGUGAUUAUGUUUGUAUUGAAAUUUUGAAUAAUAUGUGAUUUUCAAUAUAUAAAACGUUUUAUUCAAAUGAAAACAGUUGUUGUGUUUAUCAUUUUAAGGUAAAAAGAUAAAAGUUAACCAGAAAUGUUACAGAAACCAAAUGGUUUGUAUUGAAAUUUUUAAUAGAUAACAAGUUUUAUUCAAAUGAAAACAGUUGUUGUGUUGAUCAUUUUGAGGUAAAAAGAUACAAGUUAACCAGAAUUGUUACAGAAACCAAAUGGUUUGUAUUGAAUUUUUUAAUAGAUAACAUGCUUUAUUCAUAUGAAAACAGUUGUUGUGCUGAUUAUUUUAAGGUAAAAAAGAUACAAGUUAACCAGAAAAGUUACAGAAACCAAAUGGUUUGAUUGAAAUUUUGAAUAAAUAACAUGGUUAUUCAAUUGAAAACAGUUGUUGUGUUGAUCAUUUUAAGGUAAAAAGAUACAAGUUAACCAGAAAAGUUACAGAAACCAAAUGGUUUGAUUGAAAUUUUGAAUAAAUAACAUGGUUAUUCAAUUGAAAACAGUUGUUGUGUUGAUCAUUUUAAGGUAAAAAGAUACAAGUUAACCAGAAAAGUUACAGAAACCAAAUGGUUUGAUUGAAAUUUUGAAUAGAUAACAUGUUUCAUUCAAAUGAAAACAGUUGUUGUGUUGAUCAUUUUAAGGUAAAAAAGAUACAAGUUAACCAGAAAAGUUACAAAAACCAAAUGGUUUGUAUUGAAAUUUUGAAUAGAUAACAUGUUUUAUUCAAAUGAAAACAGUUGUUGUGUUGAUCAUUUUAAGGUAAAAAGAUAAAAGUUAACCAGAAAUGUUACAGAAACCAAAUGGUUUGUAUUGAAAUUUUUAAUAGAUAACAAGUUUUAUUCAAAUGAAAACAGUUGUUGUGUUGAUCAUUUUAAGGUAAAAAGAUACAAGUUACCAAAAAAGUAAAAAAACAAAAAUGAUUUGUAUUGAAAUUUUGAAUAAAUAUCAUGUUUUAUUCAAAUGAAAACAGUUGUUGUGUUGAUCAUUUUAAGGUAAAAAGAUACAAGUUAACAAAUGUUUUAUAACAAGUUGAAAAUUCACAUGAACAGUAAUAAACAGUAAAACCUUCACUGAAACCUUUCAUAUUUUUAUCAGAGCAUUAACUUAUUAUGUUCAUAGUAAAAGUUAAAGUUUUUU